AUGAGUCUUCUUCGUCUGUACACCGUUACUCGAUCCCUUCGUCAAUCCUUCCUGCCAAAAGGAAGACUCUUGGCACGGUCUUUAUGGCGGUUGAAAUCAGAUACUGUUCCAAGCCCUGGGACCAAAUCUGCAGGAAGCGCCGCUGCUGCGAGACAGUCCUUCCUGUCCAAGCUCUCUCUUGACGGAAAGGUGACUAUGAUAACAGGAGGCGCACGAGGUAUCGGUCUUGCUAUCGCAGAAGCCACCGCCACUCUCGGCAGCGAUGUCAUUCUGUUUGACGUUUUAAGUCCCCAAGCUGGGGUCGAGGAGCUUCAGAAGCGUUACGGAACUCGCAUCAAAUAUUAUAGAGCAAAUGUUACGCAGCAGUCGAGUCUAGAAGGCAGCUUCACAACAGCGAUGGAGGACUUUGGACGUCUUGAUAACUGUAUAACCGCCGCGGGUGUCGCUCUGGACAAACCAUUCCUUGAUCACCAGUGGGACGAGGCACGACGUGUUAUGGAUGUCAAUGUCCUCGGUUCCUUCUUCCCCGCCCAGCUCGCAGCCCGCCAAAUGGUGAGCCAGAAGUCCGGCGGGAAUAUCCUCAUGAUAGCGUCGAUCGCAGCACACUGCGCCGUACCAGCCCAAUGCAUAUCGAUCUACGGGGCGUCAAAAGCGGCCAUAACCUUACUUGGCAAGACGCUAGGUGUAGAACUAGGCCCUUACAAUAUUCGCGUAAACACUCUGUCUCCGGGAUUCAUUAGCACAGACAUGCUGAGGCAGUUCGAAGAGCUACAGGAUAUUUUUGCUAGGGUUCCGUCGCUCGGGAGGAUUGGGGAAACGGAUGAUUUGAUGCUGGCCAUUGCUUACUUGUUAAGCGAUGGGGCAAAGUACACGACUGGUGCGGAUUUGCCUGUUACUGGGGGAUUGCAUGGAGGGAGGAUUGCUCUAGGAUAG